AUGUAAUUUUCUUCAAAAAAGGAAUAAAAGUUUUGAAAAAGGUGUGAAGAUAUCAAAUCAAAAUGGACGAUGAACCAAAUUCUUUUUCCAUUAUAUUAAGUCCUGAGGAACUACGUGCACGUAGAUUGCGUGCAUUGAAUGUACAUGACGCCAAUUCAUCUUACUUUGCUUCAAUAACUGCACCUCAUGAAUUUGGCACUGAAGACGGUGAACUUAAAAUUAAACGUGAAAUAGAAUUUUGUAAUGCAUCUAUGAAGAGAACCAAUUCUUCGAAUGUUCAACGCAAAACCGAUGGCAAUAGUAUGGAUGCGAGUAUGGAUACGAGUACAGAUGAAUUAAAUAGUUCGACAGAAAAUUUAUUUGAUGAAGGUUCAACGGAUAAGCAGUUUGAAGCAGUAGUAUCGUAUAUAUUCAAUUCCUCUUGGAAUGACGAAAGUAAUGGGGUUAUGAUUUGCUUACAGACUGCUAUGUUAGUUGAGACAUAUCCAGAUUUGCGUUUUAAGUUUGAGAUAAUAAUUCCAAGUGUUCUAAUGGAAUGCUUACAAAACGUACACGAAAUAGAGGAUAUCGAAAACUGUGGCUUUUUGGGAGAACCACCAAAUAAACGGAAUAAAACAGAUGUGGACUUAAUGCACAAUACUGAAAUGGAACCAGAUUUAGCCGCAUUGGUCAGCCCUUUUCGCAAAUCGUGCGAUUCGAUGUUGAAAUACAUAGCACUUCUCUACCUAAAUAGUUGUUUUAGAAAUUGUGAAAAUGUAAAACGUCGACUUCAACUUCAGAGCUUACGCAAAAGUACUGAAUAUAUACAAAGCGUAAAGAAUAUUUUGAAUACUUCGUUAAGUAAUAUUGUGAACCUCGCUAUAACAGUGUUAUUAGAUGGUCUAUUUGAAAGAGAGGAGGAUGAUGAGGCCUGUUUGCUUGAUUUAAUGUACUUAGACAAGAUAUCAGACCAGUUCAUAGAUGCUAUAAUGCUUGAGUCCUAUACCAAUAAGAAAAAUUUUGGACAAGUAUUUUCAUCUACGCUUGAUGUUUUGUUUGAAGAUAUGCAGUACUUUGUCAUUACCACUUUUGGCAAUAGACAACCUAUGGAUAUGUUGCGCAAAUUGCUACAUAAGCAAAUCAAUGAGAACCGCCCAUUUUGCGAAUUUUUGGUAGCACAUCCAAGUUUUUUGCCGUCGUUAUGUAGUGACGUUCCAGGGCGUGAAAUUGUGCGCUGCAGCUAUAUGACGCCAUUCUUAUCAACGUCUGUUUCUGUUGAGUACACAGAUGCUGUGACCGGUGGGGAUAGUGAGAUAAUUAACAACGUGGAUUUAAUUAAAGAGAACAUGUUAAAUUUACGUUUCAAUUUAAAUUCUGCGCGUCAUAUAAUGUCUUCGGUGUUUCUUUCAUUACUUAUGAAUGUGAGCAGUCGCAUGACCACUUUGAAGUAUAUGUCCGAGGUGUUGCGUUACAAUGGAGAUCGUUUGCAAAUGGCUUAUAAUGAGAAAAAUGUAGCUCGCGACGAUAUUAUUAUAAAUUUAAUGUGUGUGCUGCAGAAUUUAUCGCGUAAAGUGAAAUUUGUAUUGGUUGAUGCAGCUUAUCCAUUUUAUACGACCUCAUUUAUAUUCCAUGAAAAUGACACUAAAAUCAGGCUAACACAAGAAGAGUACAAAAAAUUUAUUGUUGAAAAGAAAUACAAUGAAGAUAUACCAAACAGUAAUUUUACGACAAAAUGUUGGUUUCUGACCUUACGAGCACACCACCUCGGCAUAAUUAGUGCUAUGCAACGUUAUCGCAUUCAAGUCCGCAGCAUUAGAGAGCUGCAGAAACUAAUUGAUCAAAUAAAUAAAACGGAACCACGUUGGAAAGGUACUGAAAAUGAAGCAAGAAACGUACAAUUACGCACCCAUUGGACAAAACAAAUUGAGAAGUUACAUCACCUCAAAGUAGGCAGCGAAGUUUGUUUGCUUGAUCCUGUGCUUUUGAAAGGUUGCAUGGACUUUUAUGCGACUGUGACUGAAUAUCUGUUGCAUCAAAUGGAAGGUCGUAAAAUUGAGGGUUUCUUUUAUCCUAUGGUGUGUCCCACAAUGCUACCAAUCAAUGAGCAAUUUUGUGCACUGGCAGAAUGGCUUAUCGAAGACAUUGCAGAAUUCCUAUUGUUUGUCAAUGAAUAUGGACCGAAGUCAGUGCUUCAAUUGUCCGACAACUCAAUUAUGAUGUGGUUGUUAUCAUCAAUUUGUGCUAAUCACUUGAUAAAAAAUCCAUAUUUAACGGCAAAAUUGAUCGAAGUCGUUUUUGUUUACAGUUUGAUAUCGGGUAGUGAGUGGGUUGACAAUUUCCUGUUGCAUGAAUUAACAAAUACCGUACUGUUCAACUCACUCAUGAAAUUCUAUGUCGAUAUUGAGACAACUGGCGAAAAUACAGAGUUCUAUGAUAAGUUCAGCAUACGCUAUCAUAUAAGCCACUUGUUCAAAGCGAUGUGGAGCAUGCCAAUGGUGCGCCAAGUAAUGAUAAGGGAAUCCCAAACAGGUAGUCACUUUGUGAAGUUUAUUAACAUGUUGACAAAUGAUACAACGUUCUUGCUGGACGAGUGUCUUGAGAGUCUAAAGCGAAUAAAUCUAAUGCAAACAAAAAUAAGAGAUCCAUCAUGGCAUGCUUUAAGUGAAGAUGAGAAACAGAGACACAUCGCACAUUUAAAUGCUGACGAACGUCAAUGUCGCUCAUAUUUAACAUUAACUCGUCAAAUAGUACAGAUGUUCCACUAUUUAACUGAAUACAUUAAAGAACCAUUUAUGCGCAAUGAAAUAGUUGACCGUUUGAGCUCAAUGUUAAAUUACAAUCUCCAUAAGUUAUGUGGACCAAGGUGCAAUGACCUCAAAGUUGAGAAUCCCGCUCAAUACGGUUGGGAUCCACGUCAUCUGUUGGGACAAAUAUUUGACAUGUAUCAGCAUCUGCGUUGUAAGAGAUUUGCUGAGGCAUUGGCUGCCGAUGAACGUUCAUUCCAAAAACAGCUAUUCGACAGUGCAGCAAAUCGAGUUCAGCGCUUACAUAUUCGUACCAUUAUGGAGGUGGAACAAUUUAGAGAACUUAUUAACGAAGCAAAUGAAAUAUAUUUAUUGAAUAGAGCAGCUGAUGAUGCCAGUGCCAAUGCGCCAGAUGAAUUUAAGGAUCCUCUUAUGGCUACACUUAUGUCCGAUCCAGUCACAUUGCCAUCCGGUACAGUAAUGGAUCGAACCAUCAUAACACGCCAUUUAUUAAACAGCAGUACAGAUCCAUUUAAUCGUCAACCUCUCACAGAGGAAAUGCUUGUGCCGAAUGAAGAUUUAAAGAAGAGAAUUGAAGCUUGGCGCCAAGAGCAAAACCUUAAACAAACAGAGAAUAAAUGUAAAUUAAUCGAUAAAGCCAGUUAAGCAAACUGGCCAAAAGUAAGUUUGUCAGUGUUCUGUGCAAUUUGAAUACAGCGGCAUUGAGGUGAAUUAAAAAUUAUUUUUGAUAUUCAAAAGUUUAUAAACCCUCGAUUUUAGCUUUAAUUCUCAAUUAAAUACUUAGAUCUAUUAUAUAUAAAAUUUUUAAUAAAUAUUGUAACUAAAAUGGUGUUUAGAUAAUGGUAAAAUUUUUCAAUAAAAAUAACACAGAAGCAACAAAAAGGCCUAGACACUAUUAAUCGCUUUAAAACAUAGUAGAAAAUGGAUUUGAUUUGUAAACAGCUCUGCGGUUGCAAAACAGACAACUCAUAAAUAAAGACUUCAGACGAAUAAUUUAAUUAUACCGAGAAAAAAAAUGUGUAAACUAUAUUUAAAAC